AUGCGUCUCACUUGUACGAUAUUGAAAUGGUUCCUAGGUUUUUACUUGGUUAGUUCCUAUAAGAGUGUUCCAGGUGCAUAUUUUGUAAGAUUCUAUGCUGCUAUCUUCCCUUUAUUAUUGGGACCUUUAAUUACAGGUAAAAAGAAUACUGAAAAUAUUAAGAAAUUACAAAAGAAUGAGAUGUCUGCUUUAGGUUAUGUCAAAUACAAGACGUAUGCCUCUCCAAUGGAAUGUGAUUUCUAUUUACAUAAGAAUAAUGCUACUUAUUUCACAGAGUUAGAUAUCUCUAGAGGUGAAUUAAUGACAAAAUUAUUACAAAAAAUAUUCUUAGAUUCUCCUAAGUAUCCAUAUAUCCCUGUGGCUAAUGUAUUUACAAAUUUCUUAAAAGAGAUCAAACCAUUUGAAUCAUAUACUGUAUCAUCCAAUAUCUUAUGUUGGGAUGAAAAAUGGAUCUAUGUUGCAAGCAGAUUCAUGAAGAAGAAUGAUACUAUAUUAUGUUCAUUUUCUUUAACUAAAUACGUAGUGAAGGAUGGAAGGAAAACUAUACCUCCAAAGGAUGUAUUUGAAUUUUGUGGUAUUUAUAAUGAAAAAGUUGAAAAGAUUGCAAAGGAGAAUUACAAGAUUUUGUCAGAAAAUUCAGGUUUCCAUGAUACAACUUUAUUGGAACAAAUAAAAUAUGAUUAUCUACCACUAUAG